AUGGAACCUGACCGCGGUAGAGGCUCCCAUCUCCCUUCUUUAGUAGCAAUGUUCACCACUGCCGCUGUUGUGGAGGACCCGCCCGGGGAUGAAAAAUCCCAUGAGACUCCUCAUGAUGAGAUGGAGACUGAAUCCAAGGUGACAGAUGUACCAAGCCGCAGCUUCAUGGAAUUUGAUAAUCAGAUGACUAAUCAUUUGCCUCAAAUAGAAGUAAUCUCUUUAGGUGCAGACCAUGUCUAUACAUGUUGCCUAUGUAUUGAUGAAUUUGAGAUUGGAGAUAUACCAGACCUUGGUGACUGUCAAUCCCUUCUGGUCUUGGCUAAUUGA